GUUAAAAAUCGUCCGAGGCAGAAACGGAGUGUCGCUUUUUUCGGAAUUUUCAAACAACACGACUGAUUUUUUCUUUCUUUCUCGCUUUCUAUUCUUGCAUGAGGGUCGGACAAACACUCUGAAUACAGUCUGUUUGUGGACCUCUCCCGUGGCGAAGCGGGUCAUGCUGUCCCGGCGAAGGUAAUGAGCCGCAAAGCCCUCGGGUCUCGGCUUAGCAGCGCCCAUAAACUGCAACGGAACUGGAAUGAUUGGCAGCCCAGAGGUGACAGUGUGUCAGCCAGCCAGGAAGGUGUGAAGUGCAGUGUCUCUAGAGACCACGGUUCAGCAGCUCUUUACGACACUCCUCCGUCUGACCAGCCUGGCACCCCACCUCUGCACAAUGACGUCUUCACUGCCGCCGCUGCACUGGAAGAAGGAGGGGUUUAUGACACUGAUGGAGGCCUCAGUGAAAAUACUUUUGGUUGGAAGUCGUUGGGGCAAGAGUUGAGGAUCAAUGAUGUGACCACUGAUUUGACCAGUUUUCAGCAUGGAAACCGUGCUUUAGCUACAAAGGACAUGAGGAAAUCACAGGACCGACCGCAGACUCAUUCUGAUGAGUCUCGGCUUGCGAAUCUUCUGCGCAGGGUCUCGCGGGAGGACGACCGGGACCGCAGGUUGGCCACCAUGAAACAAAUGAGGGAACUGAUUGUGCACUCUGAAAACAAGGUGGUCCUUGUGAAACAGUUGGAUAACAUUUUGAGUACCCUGAAUGACAUUUUGAAUGAGAGCAGUAAGCUCCUUCAGGAGCUAAGACAGGAAGCUGCCUGCUGCCUGGGCCUGCUCUGUGCUGCCCUCAGUUAUGAGGCAGAGAGGAUCUUCAAAUGGAUGUUUGUUAAGUUCAGUGCUUGCACCAAGGACGAAGUGAAGCUGCUCUAUCUGGUGGCGGUGUACAAGGCUCUGGAGACGGCAGGGGAGAAAAAGGCUUUCUCGCCUGUGAUGCAGUUGGUGAUGAGCAGCCUUCAGUCUAUUCUGGAGAACUUGGACACCCCAGAGCUGCUCUGUCAGAGCGUGAAAUGCAUUCUGCUGGUGGCUCGUUGCUACCCACACAUCUUCAGUACCAACUUCAGAGACACAGUGGAUAUCCUAGUGGGUUGGCAUAUAGAUCAUACACAGAAACAGUCUCUCACUCUUCAGGUGUCUGGGUGGUUACAGAGUCUGGAGCAGUUUUGGGUGGCAGAUUUGGCAUUUUCUACAACUUUGUUGGGCCAGUUUCUGGAAGACAUGGAAGCAUAUGCUGAGGAUUUGAGUCACGUGGUGUCGGGUGAAGCAGUAGAUGAGGACAUCCCUCCGCCUACUGUGUCUCUGCCUAAGCUGGCGGCCCUGCUGCGAGUCUUCAGCACUGUGGUGCGCAGCAUCGGAGAAAGGUUCAACCCCAUCCGGGGACCCCCCAUCACAGAGGCAUAUGUCACUGAUGUUUUGAACCGUGUGUUGGCUUGCGUCACCACAGCCAAGCAGGUGUUCUUCUCAGAGGACGUGCUGACUGCAGGGAACGAGUGUGUGUGUGUUCUGCUGACAAGCAUGGACUCAAACAGCCAGCUGACGGGGGCGGUCAUCUCCUAUGGCCUGGACCAGCUGGAUAGCUGCCGGUCCUGUGGCCCAGAGUACAGCAUGGGCGUCCUCAACCUGCUCACGCUGAUUGUCGACCAGAUAAACACCAAGCUACCUGCUUCAUUUGUGGAAAAGCUGUUGGCCCCAAACUCCCAGCUUUUGGAGCUGCGUUUCCAUCGAGAGCGAGAGGUCAUGGCAGCAGCACAUGGUGUGUACCAGGCCGUUCUGAGUCUGAAAAAUAUCCCCAUUCUGGAGGCAGCGUAUAAGCUGGUGCUGGGUGAGAUGGGCUGCGCCCUGAACAGUCUGCUUGAACUGUUGGGGCUACCGCCAGCCUGCCCACACAUCCAGCACCCAACCUUCAGCCAGCUGCAGCUCAGCCCAGAGAGAGCCGAAUUCAUCCUCAUCUUCAACCUCAGCACCCUCACCACCAUUGGCAACACCAAAAACUCCCUCAUUGGAAUGUGGGCUCUGUCUCCAACUGUAUUCGCUCUGCUCAGUCAGAACCUGGUGGUGGUUCACAUGGAGCUGGCUGUGCACCACCCUGCAGUCCAGUAUGCAGUGCUUUACACACUCUACUCUCAUUGCACCAGGCACGACCACUUCAUUUCUAGCAGCCUCAGCUCCUCAUCCCCCUCACUGUUCGAUGGUGCCGUCAUCAGCACAGUUACUACAGCAACUAAGAAGCAUUUCAGCACACUCCUCAGUCUGCUGGGGAUGCUACUUAGUAAAGAACAUCUGAAUCCUGAGACCAGAAGGCUGUUGCUUACCUGGUCUCUGGAGGUUGCCCUGAUGAUGAAGAAAUCUGAGACCUAUUCUCCACUCUUUUCUUUGCCCUCCUUUCACAAGUUUUGUAAAGGACUUCUUGCUAAUGCUUUGUAUGAAGACCCCACCGUAUGCCUGCAGACUUGCAGCAGUCUGCAGGUGCUGUCGUCCUCCUUGCCCACAGAGCUUCUGCAAAGGUGUGUGGACGUGUGCCGUGUCCAGCUGGUCCAUUCGGCGGUGCGGGUCAGACAAGCCUUUGGCAAAUUGUUGAAGUCUGUCCCGCUGCACGUUACACUGAGCUGUAACAGCAGUCCCUCAGAGAUUCAUGAGAUUUCUCUUGCCAUCCGCCGACAUAUGAGCAAAGCGCCCAGCAACACCUUCCACCCACAGGACUUCUCUGACCUCAUCAGCUUCAUUUUGUAUGGAACGGUCCACCGCGGGGGAAAGGAGCCAUGGUUGGAGAGACUGUAUCACAGCUGUCAGCGGCUGGACAAGCGUGAGUGUGGUGUAGUGCCCCGACCUCUACUGAAGACUGAGGCAGUGCUGUGGCAAUGGGCUGUGUGGGAAGCAGCCCAGUUCACAGUUCUCUCCAAACUGCGCACCCCUCUUGGACGGGCACAGGACACCUUCCAAACUAUCGAAGGUAUGAUCCGUAGCCUGGCGGCACACAGCCUAAACGGUGAGCAGGAGCUGAGUCAAUGGAGUGGUGGGGAGAGUGACGAGGGCCACCACGCUAACCAGCUCCGUCUGGCUCUGCUACUGCAGUUCCUGGAAAAUCUAGAGAAGCUCAUGUAUAAUGCUUAUGAAGGCUGUGCCAAUGCUCUCACUGCUCCCCCAAAGGGCAUCAGAACAUUUUUCUACACCAACCGUCAGACCUGCCAGGAUUGGCUGACCAGGAUUCGAAUGGCUCUGAUGAGGGUGGGACUCCUGUCUGGCCAGCCAGCAGUCACGAUCCGCCACGGCUUUGACCUGCUUACAGAGAUCAAAAACAGCAGUGCUCAGGGUCCUGAGAUGGAAGUUCCCAUCACCAUGCUGGUAGAGGCUCUUUGUGAGCUGCGCUGUCCGGAGGCUAUCCAGGGACUGGCAGCCUGGAGCCAAGCUAACAUGGGCAAGAGUCUGGCCUGGGUGGGCUCUGUGGCUCUGCAAGCAGAGGGGAAGUUUGAGAAAGCGGCUCUGGAGUAUCAGGAGCAGUUAUGUGCGGUCACAGGAAUGGACUGCUCCAUCAAAGGCUUCGACAGAUCUUUACUGAAGCUUGCCAGCUCAACCACAGGCAACAGUUCUAGCCCUAAGCACACAGGCAGCGGGGAUGUAAGGAAGACUGUUCUGCUGAAGUCCAGCGAGUGUUCCCCUGAAGUACUGAACUUCCUUGCCAAUAAAGCAUGCGAGUGCUACGUGGCUCUGAGUGACUGGGCCUCGGUGCAGGAAUGGCAGGCCAGCAUGCUGACCCUCAAAAAGAACAGCAGCAGCUCCACCACCAUCAACCUCAAAACCGACUUCAACUACAUCAAAGCACUGAGCAGGUUUGAGGAUGGGGAUUUCCCAGAGUGCCGUGCUCAGUUGGAGUUGCUGCCAGGGGAAGAUUACUGCUUUCUCAACUCCACCACAAAGGAUAAGCUUGACCUGAAGAGGCUCCUGCCUGCUGUACUAAGCCCUGAUCCAUCAGAAUUGCAGAAAGCCAUUGAGGUUCAGCUGCUGAGGAGUGGAGUGGGAGCCCUUACUUCAACCAAUCAUGAGCAGGACCAGAAGGUUCUACCUUCAUCUGACAUUCUUGUGAAGUACCUGAAGCAGACAGGGCGGAUCGCUCUGGGGCCACUACGUCUGUCCACCCUCACGCUCUCGGACUCCCUGCCUACCCUCAACACCCUGCAGCUCCACUGUGCCAGCUCUCUGGAAACCUCUCUUUGUAGCCAGCACCCUUCCGAGGAGUGUCUCAUCCCACUCUACAGUGAAGCCUUGAGCACUUGUAAGCAGCAGGACGUUCAGCCAUGGCUGCAUGCGCUCCGGUACACCAUCUUUCAGAGGCAGCUCUUCCAGAAGCUCAGAGGGUCUUCUGGUUCUCUGGACUCUCACCUGAUGGAGCUAUGUCUGACUGCGGUGAAGUUUGCCCGUAAACGCGGCAACAUUGCUCUGGCCACACGGCUUUUGGCACAAUGCAGUAAACCAGCUGCUGAGGACUCAGAAGCCCCAGAUCUGGUGCAGAGUUUCAAGCAGCUGUCUCUAGAUGGCACUGUGGGGGAGAAGUGGGGGCCAGAGUUGGAAAUCGAGAGGGCUAAAGUCCUGUUCACUGCAGGUCAGUCCACGGCUGCCAUAGAGAUGCUGAGCUCUUGUGCGCUCUCCUACUGUCAGUCUGGGAAGUGCGAGCGGGCAGCCUGCCGCUCCGUGCUUACUCUGUGCAAGUGGCUGUUGGCCGACUGGAAGGACCUAACGCCACAACUGAAGCUGGUAGUAAAGAAGAAUGCUGCUAGUGGCACCCUCUCCACCCUCAGUAAAAACAUUGCCGGACUGCUGGAGUUGCCAGUGGAGGAGCAGGGCAUGGCACGCAUCACUGUGGAGACAACAGUAAGUGUAGGUGUUGGUGAAGCAGAUUUUGUGCUGGGACAGCUGUACCAGCUUUCUGCUAAUCAGGCCCCUGAAGUAGCCAAGUCAUGGGCUGCUUUAGCAAGUUGGGCCUACAGAUGGGGCCGAAAGGUUGUGGACAAUGCAAGUCAAGGGGAAGGGGUUCCUCUGCUCCUUGGAGAAAAGAAGGAGAUAGAGGAGCUGUUGCCGUCAGGCACCAGCGAGGAGGAUAAGGAAACUAUUUUCGGCAUACUGGGUCAAGCAAUGUGUCGCCCAGCUGGAAUUCAGGAUGAGGACAUGGCUUUGCAGAAUGAAGAGGAUGAAGAUGACAUUGUGGAUGUGAUCUGGAGGCAGCUGCUUAGCUCAUGCCCGUGGCUAGCAGAGGUAGAGGAUGGAGUGACUGAUGGGCUGAUCAGAGUGUGGAGGCGGGUGGUGGACCGAAUCUUCAGCCUCUACCGUGUAUCCUGUAGAGCCUACUUCACCUUCCUUAAACUCAAUGCUGGACAGGUUCCUAUUGAUGAAGACGACCCUAAGCUCCUUCUGAACAGCCAAAGCAGCAAGCAGAGCAGUGACGACGUGAUUGUUAUGGCAACCCUGCGUCUGCUGCGCCUCUUGGUGAAGCAUGCUGGAGAGCUUAGGGAGGGUCUAGAGCACGGCUUGGCCUCCACACCCACUGCCCCCUGGAGAGGCAUUAUCCCACAGCUGUUCUCCAGACUGAACCACCCAGAGGCCUACAUCCGCCAGAGCAUCUGCAGCCUGCUUUGCCGUGUAGCCCAGGAUUCACCCCAUCUUAUUCUUUACCCAGCUAUUGUGGGCUCAAUCUCACUUGGUGGAGAAGCCCAGGCAGCAGGUAACAAAUUGCCAUCAGCUCUGCCUACACUGCUGGGGAACAUGCAGGGUGAGGGUUUGUGUGGGGAGGAGAGCCAGGCAGGUAGCGCUCCUGCCUCUCAGGAGAGUGGCCGUGGGGAGGAGCUUGUACUGUGCUCCAGUGAAGACCAGGCCAUGAUGCAAGACUGUUACAGCAAGAUUGUGGACACGCUGUCGUCUGCCAACCCCACUAUGGUCCUCCAGGUGCAGAUGCUGGUGGGAGAGCUACGGAGAGUCACACUGCUGUGGGAUGAGUUGUGGUUGGGUGUCCUGCAGCAGCAGCACAUGCAUGUGCUGCGCAGGAUCCAGCAGCUGGAGGAUGAAGUAAAGAGAGUUCAGAACAAUAAUACACUGCGCAAGGAGGAGAAGAUGGCCAUCAUGCGGGAAAAGCACUCUGCCCUUAUGAGACCUGUUGUCUUUGCUCUGGACCAUGUCCGCAGCAUCACUGCUGCCCCUGCAGAGACACCACACGAGACCUGGUUUCAGGAAACAUAUGGAGAAGCCAUCCACAAUGCUCUGGAGAGACUGAAGAACCCACUUAACCCAGCCAACCCGGCCAGCAGCUGGGUGCCCUUCAAGCAGAUUAUGCUGAGUUUGCAGCAACGGGCACAGAAGCGAGCCAGUUACCUUCUGAGGCUGGAUGAGAUCAGCCCUCGUCUGGCCUCAAUGGCCAACACUGAGAUGGCCCUCCCAGGAGAGGUGUCGGCUACUGAUGCAGUGACCAUCCACAAUGUGGGCAACACGAUUACUAUCCUACCCACCAAGACCAAGCCCAAAAAGCUCUACUUCCUUGGCUCCGACGGCAGAAAUUAUCCCUACCUUUUCAAAGGCUUGGAGGACUUGCAUUUGGAUGAGAGGAUCAUGCAGUUCCUGUCCAUUGUCAACACUAUGUUCACUAAAGUGAAUCAGCAGGAGAGUCCACGUUUUCAUGCCAGACACUACUCGGUCACUCCACUGGGCACACGCUCGGGUCUCAUCCAGUGGGUGGAUGGAGCUACACCUCUGUUCGGCCUCUAUAAACGCUGGCAGCAGCGCGAGGCUGUGCUCCAAGCUCAGAAGGCGCAGGACUCUUUCCAGCAGCCACAGAAUCUGCCUAUGGUCCCCCGCCCCAGCGAGCUCUACUACAGUAAGAUCGGCCCUGCUCUGAAGGCUGUAGGGCUCAGUCUGGAUGUGUCUCGCCGUGACUGGCCGCUCAGUGUCAUGAGGGAUGUGCUGCGAGAGCUGAUGGAAGCAACUCCCCCCAACCUGCUUGCAAAAGAGCUGUGGUGUUCUUGCACCACUCCCAGCGAGUGGUGGAGAGUGACUCAGUCAUACGCCAGGUCCACAGCUGUAAUGUCAAUGGUGGGCUACAUCAUUGGCUUGGGUGAUCGUCAUUUGGACAAUGUUCUGAUUGACAUGACGACAGGAGAGGUUGUGCACAUAGACUACAACGUCUGUUUCGAGAAAGGAAAAAGCCUGAGGGUUCCAGAGAAGGUUCCAUUCCGCAUGACACACAACAUUGAGACUGCUUUAGGAGUCACAGGAGUGGAAGGAAUUUUCAGGCUUUCAUGUGAACAGGUGGUUCAAAUGAUGCGACGGGGUCGAGAGACCCUUUUGACCCUGCUGGAGGCAUUUGUCUAUGACCCUCUUGUGGACUGGACGGCAGGUGGUGAGGUGGGCUUUGCUGGAGCCGUGUACGGAGGAGGUGGGCAGCAGGCUGAGAGCAAGCAGAGCAAGAGGGAGAUGGAGAGAGACAUCACUCGCAGCCUUUUCUCUUCCCGUGUGGCUGAGAUCAAGGUGAACUGGUUUAAAAACCGUGAUGAGAUGUUGGCAGUGCUGCCUCAGGUGGAGAUGGCUGUGGAAGAGUACCUGAGUCUGCAGGAGCAGCUUACCCAGGUGGAGAAGGUGCAAGCAAAGUUACUGGAGGAGAUGGAGUUUCUAGAUGGAGCAGACAACAGGGCAGACCACCCCAUCCACACACUUGAACACAGAUAUUCUGAGCACACCCAGCUGCAGUCCAGACAGAGAACCGUGCAGGAUGCCAUCCAGAGUAAACUGUCAGAUUUGGAUCAGUGGAUCUCUCAAUAUCAGGCUGCUUUCGCCAGUUUGGAAGCCACACAACUCGCCAGCCUGCUGCAAGAGAUCAGCAGCCCCAUAGACUUAGGUCCACCAAGCUACGUUCCAGCCACAGCCUUUCUGCAGAACGCAGGCCAGGCUCACCUAAUCAGCCAGUGUGAAGCUCUAGAGGCAGAGGUUAGUGCCCUGUUGCAACAGCGCCGAUCUCUGCUUCGAGGCUGCCUGGAGCACCUGCACAGCUAUGCCACCGUGGCCCUGCUGUACCCGCGUGCCGUGCUGCACAGACACAGAGUGUAUGCCUGGAAGCAGUGGAUGGAGGAGCUGGUGUGUGACAUGACUGUGGAGCACUGCCAGGCUGUCUAUCACCAUUAUGAGAUGCAGUUUGCGCCUCAGCCACCUGCUACCACCUGCCAGUUCCUAUCGAGUGUAGAAAUGGCCCUGCAGCAUCACGCCUCAGAGACGAACACACGGCUGCUGCGACAGGUGGAGCGGCUGAAGGCAGAAGGUGCCAGCGUUCCUGUGUGUGAGGAGCAGCUGCAGGAGAUAGAGCGCUGCAUCAAAGUCUUCCUGCAUGAGGAUGCUGAGCUUGCCUCCUUCAGCCUGGCUGGGAUCAUCGUCUCCGCUCUCUGCGCUCUCACCAGACGUAACCUGGUGAUGGAGGGUGCGGCAGCAAGUGCAGGAGAGCAGCUGGUGGAGCUGACGUCCCGAGAUGGAGCCUGGUUUCUGGAGGAGCUCUGCAGCAUGAGUGGUAAUAUCACUUGUCUAGUCCAGCUGCUUAAAGAGUGCCAGCUCCAGUCUCAUGAUCUGGAUGUCCUCAGCCCUGCUGACACUUCGCAGGCCGUCUACCUGACCAAUGGGGUUUACACCUGCCUACAGGAGCUGAACACCAAUUUCCGUCAGAUCAUCUUCCCUGAGGCCCUGCGCUGUAUGCUGAAAGGAGAGAGCACUCUGGAGGCCAUGCUGUCAGAGCUGGACACCCUCAUAGAGCAGUGUGCUGAUGGGGUUUCCCUGCAGGGUCUGGGAGAGGCUCUGCAGACUCACCUCCGCAAUGCAGCCAUGGGUCUAGAGGAAGAUGCAGACUCUCAUUAUCUUGAUGUCACAAGGGUGCUCCGUGUCCAAUACUCAGAGUUGAUCCAGCCACGAAACAUUGACGGUUCAGUGCAGGACACUCCUAAAAUGACCGCGGGACAGAUGCUACUGGUGGCCUUUGAUGGAAUGUUUGCACAGUUGGAGACUGCUUUUGGCCUCUUGAUUGAAAAGCUGAACUCUAUGGAUGUGCCCGCUGCUUGGAGGAAGGUGGACGUUAUCCGGGAGGCCAGGGCCAUGCAGGUGCAUUUCUUUGACAAUGUGCAGACCCGGCAGGUCCUAGAGGAAAUAUUCUUCCUCAAGAGGCUCCAAACCAUCCGUGACUUCUUCCGCCUGUGUGCCUCAUUUGCGCAGACGUUGUCAGGCACAUGCCCCGCUCCCACUGAUGAACCCCCACCGUCUAAUGGCCCGAUCCCCAUAGUGAAGCCCCUGUACCGCGGCUCCACUGUGGUGAGUGAGGAACAGAUGACGCGGCCCAUCAAAGCCUUCACUGCAGACUUCGUGAGGCAGAUGCUGAUGGGGCUCCCCACACAGGCACUGGGCUUGGCCCUUUGCAGUGCCCUGAGCGCCCUUGGCACAGAUCUCAUCGCCCAAGUCGAGGCCAAAGACUUUGGGGCAGAGGGAAAGGUUUCUCUGGAUGAUCUGUGUAAGAAAGCAGUGGAGCAAGGAGUUCAGGCAGGACGACUGUCUCAGCUGCUGCUGAACAGGGCCACAGUGCUGGCCAGCUCGUAUGACACAGCCUGGAAGAAGCUGGAUCUGGUGCGUCGUCUGGAGGUCAGCAUAGAGGCCUGCAAAGUCAGCCUGCAGAGAGCCCAGCUGCAUAUAGCCAUGUUUCAGUGGCAGCAUGAGGAUGUGCUUGGUGCUCGGAGUCAGCCUCUGACAGUUAGCCCUCCGCCACGCUCCAUCAUCCUCAGCAACAUGAAGAAAAAGAUCUACAAGCUCAGCCAGGAUGAAGCGGCCAUUGCAAGUGUUCAGGAGAAGUUGGCAUCAUUAGAGGGCAGUAUCGAGCAGAGACUGAAGUGGGCGGGUGGUGCAAAUCCAGCACUUGCCCCAGUACUGCAGGACUUUGAGGGUACCAUUGCUGAGCGACGCUCCCUGGUGGUGAAGGAGAGCCAGCGUACCAGCCAGGUCACAUUUCUCUGCAGCACUGUCCUCAACUUUGAGGGCCUCCGCACACGCACCCCAGAGGCCCUGAGCAUGGAUGCUGCUCUCUUUGACCUGGUGAAGCGUUGCCAGGCAACCUGCUCCUACGCCGCCCAGUUCAGCACCUCUGUCUCCCCUCUGGAGCUGCAGCUGCUCCACAGACUGAGCCCAGUGAUGGAGCUGUCGAUUGGCGGGCCUGAGUGGCUAGCGUGUGCUCAGAAGCAUCUGUCACAGGAGAUGUCCAGCCAGAGGGCCCUGCAGGAGGAGCGGGAGCAGCAGCUGGACAGUGUGACUGAAACCUUGCAGCUUCUCGUGGACACUAUCAAAGGCAUCCUGUCAAAUCACAACCGCCUGCUAGCUGAUGUUAAGCACCUGCUACGUGCUAUGGCCAAAGAUGAGGAGAAUGCCCUUGCAGAAGGAGAGGAAGUGACCUACGAAGGAAGUGUGCGUCAGUUCCUGUCUGAAUACAAGGCUUGGCAGGAUAAUGUGCAGAUAGUGCUAUUCACGGUGGUGCAGGCCACGGGUCAGCCACGCAGCCUGGAGCAGGUGGAGCUGCUGCAAGAGAUUCCUGCCACACUCAAGGAGCUCAAAGUCCAGAGCCAGAGCAUCUACAAUGGGUUGGUUGGUUUUGCUUCUCCCCUGGUCACUGAUAGAGGAAGUGACUGUUCAAGUCCCACUUCAACAGUGCAGACAAGCUUUGCUGCUGCGGUGCGUUGCAGUGCAAUGAAGACUCAGCCUGACAGCAUGUCUCAGAAUGCUCGCAAAGCCCUUCCUCGAAACUUUGGAACCCCAGCAGACACCCCACCCAGCACCCUGCUCAUUGCCACCAAAGGCCUGGCCCCGAGCCCCAAGAGAGCCGUGAGGGACCCUAAAACUGGGAGAGCUGUACAAGAGAGGAACUCGUAUGCUGUGAGUGUUUGGAAGAGAGUGAAGGCGAAACUGGAAGGAAGGGACAUGGACCCUAACAGGAGAAUGAGCGUCACUGAGCAGGUGGAUUAUGUCAUCAAAGAGGCUACGAACCUGGACAACCUGGCACAGUUGUACGAAGGAUGGACUGCAUGGGUGUGAACGGGAUCCUUGUAGAUCACUUCGGUCCAGCGAGGGUAAAAAUCCACCAGAAUCCACUGGGUCUGGGGCAUCAGAGCCACAGAGCACCAUGCGGGAAAGGGGGGGUGUAGAGGCCCUCCUGCGCGCCCACACGGGAUCCCCGUAAGCACAGCUGCACCCGGCGUUCAAGAUUACACCAACGAAAUGGGUCUGCAUCUGUCUCCCUGAGAUGUGUGGGGAGCAUACCGAGACGGGGAGGGGGGGUGGGGGGGAGAACGAGGCAUCCCAGCUUGAACUACCCCUCCAACCAACCCCUGUAUCAUCAACAAUAAAAUUUGUCAUCUGUCAAUAAAUAGGAUUUGCCGCAGGAAAAUACUUGGAAACGAUGACUCCUAAUCCCGUUCUCUUUAGAGCAGAGAGACGCAUAUUGAGUGGCACGUCUCUGGACUUCGCUAAAGAGGAGAUGGGACACUGGGGUGUCCGUUCCUCUGAGGAUCCUCUGGCCUCUGUUUUUGGAUGGCUCAGGGAUGGCGAGAUUGCAGCCACUGAAGCUGACGUGCUGGGGAAGGUGUGGAAGGUUGAAGCGGGACUCCAUUCAAAGCCAGAUGGCCGUGGGCAGAGAGAUCUUUAAUCUCUCAACACAUUUGUAAUCAAGACUUUUUCCCUUUCACUUUAUUCAAAACUUAUUUUACAUGCCUCUAAGUGUUUCGCAGGAAUUUCAUAAUUCAGUGGGAAAAAAAAUUCAUGACAUGGCGACGGCCUUAGGGGUGGACAAAUUAAUGUUUGAAUGUUUGGCACAAGCGAAUGAUGUACUUUGAGGUGGUAAAUGCACUGUCUUAAGUUCUUUUGAUUGAUCUUUGGAUGAGACUUGGAAGAUGUUUAAGGCCCAGACUCAAAUCUGAUAAAAUGUGCAAAAUCAGUUUCAAAACGCUUGUUUUUCUUUUCUUUAGUAUGCAUCUCUGCGAUUUGUUGUGUAUUGUAGGUAUUUUUCUCCCUUUCCCUUCUUUACUAGCUAUUUAGAUCGCACCUUUUUUGACUUGCCUGUGGACAUGUAUCAGGUUUGAUGCGUAUUCCCCACUAAGCUUGCGUUUUACUGAUCUUGACCUAGUUUUACAUUUUUAGUGGGAGAAAUAAGUCAUGGAAUAGUGCUGUGGUGAUGGUAAAAAUAUCGUCUCUUAAUGAUUUUAUUCUAUAUUUUGUUUGCCAAAUAAACUUGGAUUUCAAAUGUUA